AUGUCUACUGGAAAUAUGGAAAGCCACAACCAAAAGAAGGAAGUGCCAUCAUUGGCUGAAACCAUGGAGAAGUAUAGUCAGUAUGAAGGAGCAACUCCGAGGGAGAAAAUGAAGAAUGCGUACGCCCAGUUGAGCGCAAAAGCGAAUUCUCUACAGGCUAUCGAUAUGAGUGUGACUCCGUCAUCUGUGGAAGAUAUUGAGCCCGUGGCGCCUGUAUCCGUCCCCGAGACAACCGCACCUCUAAGUGUUAGAGUUGACAAGGAACCCACUGUUCAUCACACUGAGCCAGAAAUGAACCCAGCUUCAUCGGAACCUCUUGAAGAAAUGUCACAUCAAGAACAAAGUAUACAGACUAUUCAGCCAAGUGCCUUGACAGUCACCCAUACCGAAGAAGUCCCUCCCGGAUCAGUACAUCUCGGUCCGUCUGAAUUCGCUGUACCACUUCCAAUGGACUCUAGAGUUAAAGAUGACUACGAGCGAGUCUUGGUGGAUGAAACCCAGGGUAUUCGGAAUUUUCUUAGAGGAUCCAGCUCUUCAGGGAUGUCCAACGGACAUGAUGAACGCCUUGUGUUAAAGAUGCGCGAGAUAUUAGGAAGUCUAAGCAACGUUGCGACACAUCCCGAUCUCAAUAUCGCGGAGCACAUCAAAGAUUCGGAUUCAGAUCUAGGAAAGGAGGCAGCUUGGGCUGAGUAUUCCAGCGCAAAAUUCUUAUUCUUAGGCUACCUUGUGGAAAUUGCAAGUAACCGGGAUAUCCAUUUGGUGAUUAUGGUACAGGGAGAGAAAACGCAAAAAGUGGUUGAGCGAUACCUGAUAGGCAAAGGUCUCAUAUAUACUCGACCUCGUGAGGAAAUGGGGUCUGGCACCAAUCUGGAGGUUUCUCUGGUAAAAGGUUCCUUGAGUUUGGGGAUCCAAUCUACACUCAGUGAGGGGAUCACUGAGACAUACAAAUCGCCCUCUGCAAUCAUUGCCCUGGACUCGUCUUUAAAUGUGAAGAGCCCUUCAGUUGAACAUAUGCGAACCACAUUUGCUCGUCAUGGUAACCUACUUCCCAUCAUUCGACUCAUUGUCUCAAACUCCAGUGAGCACAUCGAACUCUGUUUCCCGGAUCCUCCAGAGCUCCAACGUCUUCAGUUGAUCGUCCAAUACACUGUCCGUCUCCGCAAUAUAGUAGGUGAUCUGCAGGACGAUGCCCUUGGUGUGCGUGAAGACGUGGAAGAGAUAUUGCCUUGGCUUUAUUCAGAUCACUUCAGCAUUAGCUGGCCUCUGACUCCCAUUGAACCUUUACACGUCGUGAGCUCCGAUAAGCUGUUAUCUGUUCAACUUGAAGCUCAACCCCAAACAACUGUUGCUGGUACACCAAACCACAACACACAAGCUCAAAAGCGUCUAUUUGUGGAAGAUUCAAGCGAGCAUACGUCUAAAAGACUACGGGUGGAAUCGUCACAGGAUAACACUCAACUUACAGAGUCAACAAAAUUUCCAAGUCAAACCUUGGAUAGCGGUCUGCAUGCCUUAGAGAAGAAUCUCGUGCAGAUGAGAACUACGCAUGCCGCUGAGCUUGAGAAGUUCCAGAAUGCAUUAACUGACAUGCAAACCCGCUUACAGGAGAGAGAGAAACUACUCGAAUCGCUCCAGCAUCGCUAUGAAACUCGAACUAAAGACCUCCACAAGAUCCGGCGGGAGCGGGAUCGCUUGGCUGAGUAUAAAGCCACGUCAGAGCAGAAAAUUGAAAAACAAAGAGAAGAUAUUAGCAAGCUAAAGGAUGAGCGCACCCAGCUAAGGCAGGAUCUCGAGCAGGCAAGGGCGGAGAUCAAAACUGGAGGAGGUGCUGUAGCAGAGCUGGAGACGGCUCGGGAAGAUAUUCGACGCCUGACACAAGAAAAUGCUGGCCUGGAACGGAAGGCAGAAUACGAGGCCAAGCAAGCCGAGUACACUCGCGAGCAGUACCAAACUGCGUCUAAUAUGGCGGCUCAAACUGGGAACGAGGUCCGCCAACUUCGAGAAGAGAACGAGUUAUUAAAGCGUAAGGUUGCUGGGAAUGCUAGUCGUCUACGAGAGAUCAAUAAAGAGAACGACGGGGCACGACAUCUAUCUCGUAUCUCUGAACUGGAAGCUUCUCUUGCAUCCCGCGAAGACCUGUUACGCCGAAAAGAGGAUGAGCUGCGGGAAAUUCGCAAGAACCGACCCUCCACCCGCUCGACCAGUACUCAACCUCGCAGCCCGAGACUGACCGCUGGAAGUCGUCCAACGAGCCCAGGAAUCAAUAAUCAUAACGGACGUGGCAGCGCGUUAAGGUUCAGCUCUGAGAUGCCCAGUUAA